AUGUGGGAAGACAAUAGAACGAGGUUGGAAAAGAAAGAGGGCUGGUUUUCUUUUUUUGGAACCUUGUUGUAUAUCCGGUCACGUUUUUCAUCUCGCUUUUGGGUGGCAGAGGAGAUGGGGUUACCCGGAUUGGGCUGGGGCGGGGCCGCCCCAGCCCUAACCACGGAGGUUUAUAUAUAUAUGUGCAAAAAAUUAGUAUAUAUAGCGUCGCAGUCUAAGCGAGGAGUUCAGCGAUUCAGACAACGCAGGCAGCUGGCGCAGGUGGGUUUUGUUAGAGAAGCGGCAACCAAGCAGCAGCGGUCGCUGCUGCUUGGUUGCCGCCCGUUGUUUUUCUUUUGUAGUCUUGUAGGCCGUUAUCGCCGUCUUCCGUUGUCCGUUUUCCGACUAAUUAUGAUGAUACCUUGCAAACAACAACAAUGA